AUGCCUCGUAAUACAGCUAAACGUUCCCGAUUACCUUCCUCAAUUGACAGUAGAACUACUCCACCGCCUAAAACUAAAAAGCCAAGAACAAGUAAGACUGGCAAACCGACAUUAAGUACAAGACGUACAUCGGGUAUCAAACAUAGCUCGACCGUCAGUGAGGGACAAGCGGAGAAGGAUGAUCCCGACGAUACGAGUUCCGACUCGUCACCUUCCUCUUCUUCCUCACAGGAUCAGGACAGCGAUGAAGAUGAAGAUGUGAUGGAACAUAGCACGAGAAAUUCCAACUCGAACUCAGACUCCGAUAUGAAACACCAGAAAGAAGUAAUCAUUGCGAUGGUUGAUCGAAUAAAGUCCAAACAGUUGAGGAGAAUACUGGAAGAUUCUGCCAAAUACCUACGAAAGGAUGGGACCGAUCUCGAUAAUCCUGGAAAAGAUGAUGUGUCAGAUAUGAGAAAAGUGAGAAACAUCUGGGAGAGGGUCAUGGAGAAUUGGGAUGAUUCGGAGGAAGAGGAUGAGAUUGCUGUAGUGGAAGAAGCGGAGAAACUCGCCAAUGCACUGACUGCCCCCUUCGACAAGCUUCAAGCCCAAUCUACCAGUUCCCUCAACGAGGUGACCUACACAGUCAACCAAGCAUUCCAGAAUGCGUUGGAACCUUUCAGAAAAGAUAUCAUCCUCGAGCAACUGAAGCUUUCUGAAGCAGCUCAAGCGAGACUCGCCCAACAGACUGCAGAAAGAUGGGACUUCGCCAUGGCUCAUGUGGCACACAAGCAGCAGAAAUUCCAAGAGGUCAUGAGACAAAUUCACGCGAUCAAGGAAGAGAAAAAACAAUUGAUGGUACAGGCUAAGAAAGAUUUCGAUGCUGCUUUGGAAAGACAAGCCGCAGAGAUCGAAGGUUUCAAGAAACGGAUCCGAGAGUCCCAAGAAAGAUGUCGAGAGCAGCUCAUCAAAGCUCAAGAUCAAGAUCGGAUCAACAAAGAGGUCAACAUGCUCAUGGCCAAGUUCCUCAACGGGGAUCGAACGUGA